CGGAAGUUUGUGCACUCACUUCCGGUGAUGAAGAUGCCGAGAACUCGGUCAGAAAAUGUUAUACAAGGUCGUUUUAUGCAUAUACGUCAUAUUUAUCGUUAUUUAGUGAAAUUAAUGUACGCUUGUUUCAGUUUAGAUCUUUUCGUGUGUUUGGCUGACAGACUAAAGCUGUUAGUCUGUGGUAAAAUGUCAAUCUUGACUCCAAAUGUCUGGCGGAUAAACAGUUAACCACAUAAACGAGCAGGUGUCGGCGCUGGUGUCGUCAGCUUUGAAGUUGACUAAUCUUGACAGGUUGAGGUCAUGGUCUGUUCGGUGGACAGUCGGUGCUGUUUGGUCGCUGCGGUUGUCGUAGCCGUGUCUAAGCUCCAUCUGUAGCUCGGUGCUGACGGACAGACCGCGUAGUCAGCUUCAGAAACGCCCGGGUAACAGCGCGACCUUGGGGAUGGAUCUGACGAGGAUAGCGGUGGAUGCUGGACAGUUCAUCAACCGAGCCAUUCAGUACACGGGAGAGAGUUUAGGUCAGGCGGAGAAGACUGAGCUGGACCCGACUGUGGAGGAGCUGCUGACCAGAGCAGAGACCACGAAGACCUGCACUGACAAGAUCAUCAGCCAGACCGAGGUGUUACUUCAGCCCAACCCUGGAGCACGAUUGGAGGACCGACUGUACGAGCAUCUUGAAUGGACUGUCCCACCACGACCUCGUGUCCUCGAGCUUCUAGGAAAUGAAAUGACCCAGGCCGGACUAGAAAUUGGGUCCAAUACGCCAUACGGAAGUGCUCUGCUCAGCUGUGGUGAAGUUCAGAGGCAGCUCAGCGAUGCCGAGAGAAAGUUCGUCCAAAGCACCAACAUCCACUUCCUCAGACCUCUGCGGAGUUUCACUGAGGGAGAGUACCGAAACAUACAAGAUGAGAGCAGGAUGUUGCUGAACAAGCGUUUGGACUUAGACAUCGCCAAAUCCAGGCUGAGAAAAGCUCACGAGGCCGAGACAGAAGACAGAAACUUAAAUGCCAACCCAGUGGACAUUGACUACAUGUCUCAUGUCUCCUACAUGUUCAGUUUCCUACGUGUCAGGUGGUUAAAGAUGUGGGCUCAGCAAAUCUCUCAGGCAGAGAUGGAGCUGAGUAUCUGUCAGUGUCUGUUUGAUCGACAGUUAGAAAUCACACAGCGAACUCUGGAGGGAGUCGACCUCGCCCACACCAACCACAUGCGGAGCCUGAAUGACUUUGUCGAGGCCCAGGCUUCUUUCUUUGACCAGUGCAACCAGGCGGCCGGGCAGCUGCAGAAACAACUGUCCAGUAUUCCAGCUGUGCUCUGCUCCAACCACUGGAGCUCAGAAGUCAGUGUUGUCAAUGAGCCCAGUGGGUUAAAUCAGGCCGCACCCCCUCCUCUUAAUGUCCAUCCACUCCCUGACUUCGACCAGGACUCAUGGACUUUAAAUCCCCCUCAUGGACUGAAGAAAACACCUUCGAGUUCUUCUGGACCUUCUCAGACACAGGAACCGAUAAAUAACAAUAGUGAUGAACUCUCAGCAACCAGUGGGAAAGUCCUUGAUCAUGUGACCAGGAGAAGACCAGAAGGAGAGGCUGCAGCUUCAGAGCAGCCAGUGGAAAUCGGUGCAACAACAGGCGAAGCAGAAAAUGGACCUUCACCCUCCAGUGAGUGAAACUGCAGGGUUUCAAAAUGAGACCAACUGAUCAGGAACACGUCGUCAAAGUUGGCCGAUCAGUAUAUAAAUAUGAAGAAACGCUGCCAAGCUUUGAUGUUGGUAACCGGGGCUGCAGUUAGCACCUAGCUCGUAACCUUUAACCUCAUCACAUGCCAUUUUCCUGGGAACUUACGCACCCUGAAUAAGGAAGACAUCAUUUUCACAUGUAUUGAUAAGUUUCCAAGCUCUUACUUUGACCACUACGGGGCGCUGUGAUGUAGGAACACUGAUGGUGCAACGAGUCAUAAGACCGUGGUACCCAAAAUAUGGUACUCGUACCAUUUGUGGUACUUAGGCUCCUUCCAAUGGUACUGGGGUGAUUCAGAAAAAAAAAAUCUACUUGAGUACAGUUGAGAAAAGUCUCAAAACCACAGUUUUAGGACAAAGAGUUGAUCAAGUCUGACUUUAAAAAGAAAAAUGAAACGCUUAAAAAGAGCAAAAUAAUUUUCUUUCUUUGUGUAUCCUCAUCAUCCACUCAAAGCCAAGUAACCUAAACAACACGUGCCACUAAAGUUUGACCUCCUUGGAUCAUGAAUAGUUAGUUUAAUUUUUAAAAAAUAAUGUUGUUUUUGAAGGCUUCUAUGAACUUGUGAAAUCUGUCUGUCUAGUCUAGAUUUAUAACAAAUGAACUGAAUAUUAGAGGAGAGGUUCUGUAGUCAGUCACUACUGGUGUGAAAACAUGAAUUCACGUUUCUGUACUUCAGCGUCUGUUUGUCAGCUAACCCCGUGGUCCAUCGGAACAUAUCGGCUUGUGCAAACUUUUGUCGCCUCUAGUCCAUAUGUGUGACUUUCUACAAGUUGAGAAUGUUUCUAUUUGAAACAUGUCACGUGUGUGUAUAUGUGUGUGUAUAUGUGUGUGUGUUUGUGUGUGUGGUGCACAGCGAGGUGACGAAACACCAGGCUGAACAGGAUCUUUAUGCUGCAGCGUGCUGCAUAAAUACUCCCCCUCAUUCCCUGUCUGGGUGUUUCCUCCUGUCAAACAUCCGUAUCACUCCCUGUUCCCCCCCCCCCCCCAACCCCCCUAAAGAUCCCCCAUUCAAUAAAAUAGGUAAAAGUUUCCAUGUCCAUGUGUUUUUAAUUUUCUCCCAAAUACAGUUGUGCUGCAGUGUGGGGCGUUUCCCCCUGGUGACCCUGGAUGGAAACACACUUUUAUGACGGGUCGGACCUGUGUUUUUGUCACUUACCUCAUUAGUUUAUUUUGCGUUUAAUGUAUUUGUCCAGAUUUGUGCCCGUGUGUGACUUCACAGAGCAGCAGUGGUGACACUGUUAAAACUGUACAUGUAGUCACUGCUAGAACCUGUGGAUUUAAUUUUUUUAUUCUCUAAAUAUUGAAAUAAAUAUGCCAACAUUAAUGUCACCUAGUGAUCAAAUGUCAAAUGUUGUCCAUCUCUGUAGAUUUUAUGGCGGAUUUACAGCUAUCAUUUUGCUAACGUUGCCCUUUUUUCAGAACAUCUGUUUCCUUAGCUAUGCUACAUCCGUUGGCUAAUUUGCAGUUUUUGUGGCCAGUGAUGGCAGUUAGUUUCACUAACACUGGUUUUUGACUUAUUAUCAUGUAUUCUAAUUAAGUUGAACCUGAAAUAUAGCUGUCUUUGAUCAACUUUAUGUAAGUUUUGAUUUUCUUUUGUGUACGUUUUGCUGUUCAUGCUAAUGAAUGCUAAUUCAUAUCUGGACUCACUUUAGUAUUCUUUUUUUAAUUUUUUUUCCUACUUAAAUUACUAGUUUACUGAACAUAAUCUAUCACUAC